AUGAGGCUAGAGCACGGGCGGCGGGCUUCUCUGGCACUCACCCUCAACUUGGUGGCGUUUGCCUUUGCCUUAUCAGCUGUGACCACCAACUACUGGUGCGAGGGGACCAGGAAGGUGGCCAAACCCUUCUGCACAGGACCGCCGGUGAAAGUCAAGCAGUGGUUCUGCAUCCGCUUCAACAGCUCCAACAUCAACGACACCCGGCUGGUGCAGUACAUCUUUGAGACCGGAGAGGAGAAGUUUCUGCUGAGGAAGUUCCACACGGGGAUAUUUUUCUCCUGCGAGCAGGCCGCCGACAUGAACGGGUUUGACUGUCGAGACUUCUCAGAGAUCGCACCAGAGCAUGAAAGAGGGGUCCUGUGGUUGUGUAUCGUGGCCGAGAGUCUGUACCUCACCCUGCUCUUCACGGGGGGCGCUCUGAUGACCCUGGAGCAGUGUCCCUGCUUCAGCAUCAUGAACAAACUGAAGCUCAGUGCCUUCGCCGCCUUGUGCACCGCCCUGUCAGGCCUUUGUGGGAUGGUGGCCCACAUGAUGUUUACCACCAUAUUCCAGUUGGCUGUCGCUAUGGGGCCAGAAGACUGGAGGCCCAAGACCUGGGACUACAGCUGGUCUUAUGUCCUGGCGUGGGGCUCUUUCGGCACCUGCAUGGGCUCUGCGGUGACGGCGCUGAACAGGUACACGAAGACCAUCAUAGAGUUCAAAUACAAGCGGCGGAACAUCGAGAAGAGCCUGAUGAUCAAGCAGAAGAUGCUGGAGCUGGACCUCCCCGAGCAGAUGUGGGACACGUACCUGACUGCUGCGCCCGCCGACGCCGAGGCGCCGCUAGAACUGCCAGUCAACGGCCACAAACCCUCCACGGGGACAACGUAUGUGGUGGAAAUGGACGGUGUGCCAGAACGGCAAGGAGAGGCGUACUGCUAA